AUACAAAGCAAUCCUACACAUAAAGCUUUUAUUCAUCUCUCUACUUCAGUUUCUUUAUCCUCAUUUUUCAUCUGAGACUUAAAACCUCAAAAUCUUGGAAAAGAAAAUACAAGAAUCCCAGUUUCUGAUUCUCAUUUUCCCAUCAUCUCUUAUAAUCGCAAGUUUCGAUUUUUCUCUCUUUUUUUUCUUAAAAACCCCAGAAGCAGCUCUGUGAUCUUCUUGUUGUGCAGUUAUCUUCUCUCUUUUUUUAUUUUUUGGUUUGGUUUGGUUUGGGGGAGAGUAUAAAGGGGGAAAAUUAGGGUGAGAAUCUGAGUGUUGGGAUAUACAGAAACGAUUAAAAGGAAAGAAAGUUAUAUUGGGAAUUAUAAAGCUACCAUAUUGGGAUUUGUGGUGUGUUUCUUUUCUUUUCUUUUUUAAAAUUUAAUUAGAGAAGACCAGAAAUUAUGAAAUUUCCAAACUUUGUGUUCCCUUCCGUGGACUAGAAUCUGGUUAUAAAGAGAUCUUAUCUUAAUUCAGAGAGAUUUUCUGACUGACAAAGAAGCAGAAGAAGAGUGUAGAGAGAGAGAGAAGAAUGUGGUGGUGGUGUUCUUCAACUAAAGGUCGUUCGAAUCUUGAGAGGUUUCUCUUAGGAAUCACUCCUAAGCCUUCUUUGUUCUCUCUUCCUCAGGGAAAGGAGGAGAUCGACUACUUCAGGCUUCCUGAUCUCUGGGACUGUUACGAUGAGCUGAGUGCGUAUGGCUUUGGAACACAGGUCGAUUUAAACAAUGGUGAAACUGUUAUGCAGUACUAUGUCCCGUAUCUAUCAGCCAUCCAAAUCUACACUAACAAACCCGGCUUGAUUUCCAGGAACCAGAGUGAUGUGGUUGAAUCUGAGAGCAGCGAGUGUUGGAGCGAUAGCGAGAGUGAAAAGUUGUUGUCAAGGUCGAUGAGCAACGAUUCCAGCAAAACAUGGGAUGCUGUCUCGGAAGACUCGGUUUCUGAUCCGGAUGGUGCACUGUUGCUGAAAGAUAGACUUGGUUACCUUGACUUUAAGUUCAUCGAAAGAGAUCCUCCGUACAAGCGGGUUCCUUUAACUGACAAGAUCAGUGAACUGGCGGAGAAAUAUCCUGCACUCAUGACCUUGAGGAGUGUCGAUAUGUCUCCUGCAAGUUGGAUGGCUGUUGCUUGGUACCCGAUCUAUCACAUCCCAACCUGCAAGAACGAGAAAGACUUGACGACUGCCUUCUUAACUUACCACACUCUAUCUUCGACUUUUCAAGAUAAUGUGGUGGAAGGAGAUCAGAGCAACAACAAAGACCAGGAGGAAGAAGUAGAUCUGUUUGAUGAAGAAUCUGUUAUGAACAAGAGAAUCCCAUUGCCUCCAUUUGCUUUAACGAGUUACAAAAUGCAAGGUGAUCUCUGGGGACAGACAGGAUUUGAUAAUGACCGGUUGGGUUAUCUUCAAAGCGCUGCGGAUUCAUGGCUCAAACAGCUCAAUGUUGAUCACCAUGACUUUAACUUCUUCUUAAACUCGAGCUUCUAAGAUCUCAAUCUCGUCUUUGCUCGUUUAUGUUUUAUCGUUUCUCCAAACCUUUUUUUUUUUUUUUUUUUCUUGUGAAAAAAACAUAACCCUGAACAUUUCUUUCAAGCUCCUCCUCCUCCUCUUUCCCUUCUCUGUGUUUUUCUGUCUGGCUCGUUGUGUUGUUUUAGGUAGCAACCGCCGUCGCUGAGUUUUUCCUCCUGUUGCAAAAGCCAAUCAUGGAAGUUUCUAAGAGAGAUCAUGAAACAGAGUUUUUUUUUUUCUUUCUUUCGGUUUUUUUUUUUGUUUUUUGGUUUUACAGUGAUGAGAAAACAAGAAAAGUUCUUUUUUCUUGGGUGAGACGGAUGUAAAUGGAUCCUGUGAACAGAGUACUCUGUUUUGUUUUUGUACUUUUCUGUCUAAAAUAUAUAAAUAAAAUCUCUUUUUUGUAUGUCGGUAAA